AUGCCCGGCGCAAUCAUAGACGAGACUACCUGGGUGACGACUGAAGUCCCGGGCCCAGUGUCCAAGCAAAAGAUCGCAGCAUUGGACAAAGUCUUUGACGCAAGAGCAGUCCACUUUGUGGUCGACUACGAAAAAAGCCAUGACAACUUCAUCGUGGAUGUCGACGGCAACAAGUACCUCGAUGUGUACAGUCAGAUUGCUUCAAUCCCUGUAGGCUACAACAACCCAACUCUCAUCGCGGCUGCAAAGUCACCGGAGAUGGUCUCGGCCCUUGUCAACCGCCCAGCCACGGGCAAUUUCCCAGCAGAAAACUGGUUUGCCCUCUUGACAGAAGGUCUCCUCCGCGUGGCCCCGAAAGGCCACAACAGGCUGUUUACCGCACAAUCAGGGUCGGAGGCAAAUGAGUUGGCAUACAAGGCAGCAUUCAUGUACUACCAACGACAGAAGCGGGGCGAAGGUGUGGAGUGGAGCGAUCACGAAAUCCACACGUCGUUGCACAAUACCUCUCCUGGCUCCCCAGACCUGUCCAUCCUGAGCUUCAAGAACUCUUUCCACGGACGAGGUUUUGGCAGCUUGUCUACCACCAGGUCAAAAGCUGUGCACAAACUUGAUAUCCCAUCCUUCGACUGGCCACAUGCACAUUUCCCGGCCCUAAAGUAUCCUCUCGAGGAUAAUGUUGAAGCAAACAAGGCUGAGGAGGAGGCCAGCCUCAAGGAAGUGGAGGCACUCAUUACUUCAUGGCCAAACCCAGUUGCCGCGGUGAUCGUCGAGCCAAUCCAGAGCGAAGGCGGCGACAAUCACGCCUCACCAGCUUUCUUCCAGGGCCUACGAUCCAUUACCAAGAAGCAUAACGUGCUCCUCAUCGUCGACGAGGUGCAGACCGGAUUCGGCGCCACCGGCAGCUUCUGGGGCCACGACCACUGGAACCUGACCACGCCACCGGACAUGGUGACAUUCUCGAAGAAAGCACAGACCGCCGGCUACUUCUUCGGCGACGAGAAACUGUGCCCGGACAAGGCCUACCGGCAGUUCAACACCUGGAUCGGCGAUGCCGCGCGCGUCCUGCUGUGCAACGCCGUCAUCGACGAGAUCCUGAAGCGCAACCUUGUGGCCCAGACUGCGAGAGUGGGCGAGCAGCUGUACGCCGCGCUCGAGCGCGUGGCGGAAAAAUAUCCCGAACACGUGCACAAUCUGAGAGGGAAGGGCCAAGGAACGUACAUCGCGUUUGACACGACCAACGCUGCGGCUCUGGUCAAGAAGAUGAGGUCGCUGGGUAUCAACAUCGGUACCUGCGGCAAGGAGACCGUCCGGCUGCGCCCAAUGUUGAUCUUUGAAGCCGAGCUGGUCCCCAAAUUGGUGGGAACCCUGGAGAAGGCUAUUCUGGCCAUACAAUGA